CCUUUGUUUUUGUUUGUUUGUUUUCUCCUGUCACGUAGCUGGCAGGGCCAGAAGCAGCCCAUCUAUGCAGGGAGCCAGCCCUCCUGGAGUCGGAUCUGUCAUUUUUACCUCUGUCAACUUGACCCUCCCACCAGACAGCAGCUCAGCCACCCUUUCAAACCACGGACAGCUCCAUAGCCACCCAGCACCAGAGUCCCAUCCCCUUCCUCUUCAUCCUUCUUCUUUCCAUCCCAGUGUUUUUGCCGUGUUUCGAUGGGUCACGCACGGUGUUCCAGCAAACCUACUUCUGAUGUCUCAAAGACCGCUCCCAGGCCCUGCUAUCAGGACUCUCAUGACUCAGCAUAUAGUUGCGUUCUUAACUAUGAUUUGUUACAACAAAAGGACACAGGUAAAUCAUCAAUAGGAAAAGGCACAUGGGGAGAAAGCUGCAGGAAACCAGGGGCACGCUGUUGAGUCCUUUCCUAGUGGAGUCAGACAGAGUGCACGCAGCAAGGAGUUGUAACAACAUGUGAAAUGUUGUCUACCAGGGAGGCUUGUUAGACCCAGUGCCCAGGGUUUUUACUGAGAGCUGGCAUCAGGAAAGUAGGUGUUCGGCAUCAGUGCUGUCAUCUGCACAGUCAGUUUAGACACUGUGAGGAAUAUCAAUUCCAGUGGUGUGCUACCUCUCAGGUCCAAGGUCCCAGACACUGGUCAUGGCAAGCUGUGCUUCAGUCAUUUCUAAAGAUAAAAAGUUCAGGCCUGAGGUGUCAAUUCUUCUUCUGCACAAUGGGUGAGGGAGCUUUAUGGGAAGAAAUAUGGCAGAUAACUACCCUACAUCAAUUCAGCCAACUUUGGGCCCUUCUGUCAUUCCCCAUACCAACAGCAAGAAUAGUCCUACUUCGCUAUUAUACUGUUGAAUGGUAAGUUCUGGCAGCAGAGUUGACUGAGGGUAUUUUCUCUGUCCCCUGCUCAUGGAUGUCAGUGAGUUGAUAUUCUUUAAAAAAAAAAAACUGGGGCCUAACGGAAGCAUGCAGCUCGGUGGUUCGUGUGCAUAGGGGUUGGUCUUACAUGCUCAUGGGCCUGGUGGAGGCAGGGAUAGGGAAUGAGAGACACUGACAGUGCAGCCUCCUGGAUUGUUUGUGGGGAAUCAACCUUCUCCUGGAAUUUGAGAUGAGGAAGUGUUUCCUUUGUGGGAAGGCACUGGUGAAUCUUUUACGUGUUUUUUUAAAAUCAAGGGCAGAUUUACCAUUGGAUGAUUUUUACUUCAGUUAACUCCAUGGCAAAAAGGCACUCUUAACCUUGUCCUCAAGGUCAGCAAGAAUACGUGUAUGAGAAAUCCAAAAAGACAUACGCACCUCUAUGUUCAUUGCAGCAUUGCUUACGAUAGCCAAGAUAAGGAAGCAAUGUAAGUGUCCACUGAUAGAUGAGUGGAUAAAGAUGUUACCUACACGUAUAUACAAUUGAAUGUGACUCAACCAUAAAAAAGAGUGAAAUCUUACCAUUUGUGACGACAUGGGUGGAACUAAAGGGUAUUAUGCUAAGUGAAAUAAGUCAGACACAGAAAGACAAACCCCGUAUGAUCUCAUGUAUAUGUGGAGUAUAAAAAAUGAAGCAAAUGAACAAACAAAACAAACAGACUCAUAGACACAGAGAACAAACUGAUAGUUGCCAGAUGGGAAGGGAGUUGGGGCGCCUGGGCAAAAAUGGGAAGAGAUGAAGAAGUACAGAUUGGCAGUUACCAGAUGGUCAUGGGAUGUAAAGUACAGCACAGGGAGUACAGCAAUACUAUUGGAAUAACUGUGUGUGCUGCCAGGUGGGUACUCAUCAGGGUGGUCACUCCACAAGUUAUAUAAAUUUCUAGUUACUGUGUUGUACAUCUCAAGCUAAUAUUGUGUCAGCUAUAAUUGAAAAAUAAAAUUAUUUUUAAAACUUUAAAAGAUUUUAUUUAUUUUUAGAGAAAGGGGAAGGGAGGGAGAAAGAGAUGGAGAGAAACAUCGAAUGUGAGAGAGAAACGUCGAUUAAUUGUCCCUCGUGUGUGUGUGGAACCAAACCUGCAGCCUGACUGGGAAUCAAACUGGUGACCUUUUGAUUUACAGGUCGAUGCCCAACCAACUGAGCCACACUGGUCAGGGCUAAAAAAGAAACUUAUAAAAACCACUCAUCCAGAACCCAGUGGUCUUUGCGGAUGUGGCUGUGGACUUCACCCUGGAAGAGUGGGCUCUGCUGGAUGCUGCUCAGAGGGAGCUCUACAGAGAUGUGAUGCUGGAGACCCUCAGAAACCUGGCCUCAGUGGAUGACAAGACUCAAUUUAAGGCCAAUAGGUCAGUUUUUCAGCAGGAUAUUGAUGGGAAUAAAAUAUCCAAGGAAGAUAAAAUAGCAAAGUUUGCCAGAAAUUCUUGGGUCUCCGUCUUAGGAAAAAUUUGGGAAGAGCUUAAUGUUGAAGAUCCACACACAAACCAGGGGAGAUAUCCGAGAGGCCGUGUGGUGGAGAGACUCUGUGAGAGUCAUGAUCAGUGUGGGGAAGGCUUAAGUGAGAUUUCCGACCUUAACCUGUAUCAGAAAACUCGUCCUGAAGUAGGACCGUAUGAGUGCAGCGCACACGCAGAAGUCUUCAGGCACCAUGCAUCCCUCGGGAGGCACGUUGCCAUUCACACUGGACACAAACCAUAUCAAUGUGAGGAGUGUGGGCGGGCCUACAGUUACUGUUCACACCUCAGAGCACACGUGAGAACCCACAAAGGGGAGAGGCCCUACGUGUGUGAGUUAUGUGGGAAGGCCUUUCCUCGUACUUCUUCCCUCAAUCGGCAUGUAAGGAUCCAUACCGCAGAGAAAACCUGUGAGUGCCAGCAGUGUGGGAAAGCCUUCAUCGACGUUUCCAGUCUCACUAGCCACGUGAGAACGCACACUGGGGAGAAGCCCUAUAAAUGUAAGGAGUGUGGGAAAGCCUUCAGCUAUUCCUCAACUUUUCGAAGACACAUGAUAACGCACACAGGAGAGAAGCCCUAUAAGUGUGAGGAGUGUGGGGAAGUCUUUGGCUAUUCCUCAACUUUUCGAAGACACAUGAUAUCACACACUGGGGAGACACCACAUAAGUGUAAAGAAUGUGGAGAGGCCUUCAGUUACUUCUCAGCUUUUCGAAGGCACAUGAUAAUGCACACGGGAGAGAAGCCCUAUGACUGUAAACAGUGUGGGAAAACCUUCAUCUAUCUCCAGUCCUUUAGAAGACAUGAACGGAUUCACACAGGAGAGAAACCCUAUGAGUGCAAACAGUGUGGGAAAGCCUUUAUUUACCCCCAGUCAUUCCGCAGACACGAACGGACUCACGGUGGAGAGAAACCCUAUGCAUGUAACCAGUGUGGGAAAGCGUUCAACCAUCCCUCAUCCUUCCGAGGGCACAUGAGAGUGCACACCGGAGAGAAGCCUUACGAAUGCACUCAGUGUGCAAAAACGUUCAACUGGCCCAUCUCCUUACGAAAACAUAUGAGAACGCACACUAAAGAGAAGCCGUAUGAGUGUAAACAAUGUGGAAAAGCCUUCAACUUGCCUGCUUGCUUUCGAGAACAUGUGAGAAUGCAUCCUGGAGACAAAUCGUAUGAAUGCAAACUGUGCGGCAAAGCUUUCUAUUGCCACAUUUCCUUACAAAAACACAUGAGGAGGCACACUGCCGAGAAACUCCACAAAUGCAAGCAAUGUGGGAAGGCUUUCAGCUGGCCCGAACUUCUGCAGCAGCAUGUGAGAACGCACACUGCAGAGAAACCUUAUGAGUGUAAGGAAUGCGGGAAAGUCUUCAAGUGGCCAUCCUCUUUACCGAUACAUAUGAGAAUGCACACGGGAGAGAAACCUUAUGAGUGUAAGCAAUGCGGGAAAGCCUUUAGCUGCUCCUCAUCCUUCAGAAGACACCUGAGAACACACGCUGCAGAAACACACUGCACGUUUGAUGUUUGAUGCGGGAAGUCCUCCUGCAAAGGAGUCCGUGCGCGACGCUGCAGGAGGUUCGCACCAGGAGAGAGAUCUUAUGAAAGUCGUACAUGUGGUUUUGCCUUUGCAAGUACCCCAUCAUUAAAUUGCACCCAUAGGGCGUGUAUUUUCGGUUCUUUUGCAAAUAAACAUUUACGUGAAAAAAAUAACUCUGAAAGUACU